AUGAUGAUGGGCGGAAACAACCAAGUUUGUGCACAAAACGAGGGCGGCGGAGAAGGCGGUGUAAUAUUGAAAAAGGGGCCGUGGACGGCGGUGGAGGAUGUGAUUUUGGCGGAGUACGUGAGGACUCACGGUGAAGGGAACUGGAAUGCGGUGCAAAAGAACACGGGGUUGGCACGUUGUGGGAAGAGUUGUAGGCUACGAUGGGCUAACCAUUUAAGGCCGAACUUGAAAAAAGGAGCUUUUUCUCCUGAAGAAGAAAGGUUAAUUAUUGAGUUGCAUGCUAAAAUGGGUAACAAGUGGGCUCGCAUGGCUAUUCAGCUUCCAGGAAGAACAGACAAUGAAAUCAAGAACUAUUGGAACACAAGGAUUAAGAGAAGACAACGCCAAGGCCUCCCACUCUACCCUCCUGAUAUCCAACCCUUGCAUUCCCAACAUCAACGAAACCAGCACCGUUCGCUGCCGGCAACGCCAAUUGCGUCCCCGACGGGCACGUCGACGACAACCUCGUUCACCUUCCAACCCCCGAUGAUGCCGUCAUCAUUGCCGAAUCUCCAAGGUUCUAUGACAUUGCAAUUGCACCCUCUCCAUAUCCCACGAUCGGCGUCGUCUCACAUGCUCUAUAACCCGCAUUCGACACCACCGUCUCUCCAGAGUCCGGGCGGGGGCUCGACACCGCCCCCACUUCCUAGCCCUUCACCUUCGACACAUGUGUCCCCGUUGCAAUCUCCCCAUAAGCCUUCGUUUUCAACUCUCCCUCUAUUUGAUUCUUCAACAUCAAACACUUUUAACAACAACAUCAAUGCUAACUAUGGUAAUAAUGAUAACAGCAAUAAUACUAUAUCUUCCGAUUUCUUCUUCCCAAGAGCAACCCCUCCCCUCGAGAUACCGAUGCGAUACAAGCGGUUCAAACACGAUGUAAGCGAAAGUAACAUCAAUGGCGGCAAUGGCAGUGGCGGUACUUGUUCGAGCUUUACGUUACCGUAUCCUACUUCGCAGAAGAAUUCAUUUUUCAAUCCACAUAAUGUUACAGCAACGGUUGAUACUUGUACACCAUCGACAUCUCCACACUACUGUUCCCCUUCAUAUUCAUUGGAUCCGAUCACACUCGAUCUUACUUCGUCUUCAAGGAUCCUCGCCGAUCAAUACCAUGCCAAUACAGGACAGUUCAUAUCGACGCCGGGAUUUGUUUAUCCGACGAAAACAAACAACGAGCUCCCUUCAAACCAUUUUUUCUCCCUAGACGGGAAUUCAGAAGUUACGAUUGAUACUAAGGGGAAUAGUAGCUACAUCAGUAAUGAUCAGACUUUGAGUAUCCCUUUUACUGAAGGUGGCUUGUUGGAUGAUAUGCUGGAGGAGGCUCGGCUGUUGGCUGCCGGCGACCACGAUAUCAUGCAGCGUCAGAGCUGUAUGGUCGGAUUCAGUACCAGCUCCGAUUGUUUAGCUUCAGCAAAAGAAGAAACAGUAACAGAUCAAGAGAUCAACGCUAUACAAGAAGACUACUCUAGGCUACUCGAUAUUCCUUCGUCGAUGGCAACGCCCGAUUGGUUCAACGAUUGUGGGAAGUCUCCUACGGGCCUUUGA